AUGUCAGAUAAUCAACUUCCAUUUAGUACAAUGUUUAUGACGGCUAGUCAAAAGCCGAUUGUAAUCUCAUCAACAUCGAUGCAACGUGCUGAACAGAUUAUGUCGCAAUCUACUACCAAACAAGAAUAUGAUCAAUUUAGUGAUGAUAUUGAUGAUGAUGAGCUUUGUCGAGCAUGUGAUGAAUUAUACAAUACUUCACAGGCAUUACAAUCUCAACAACACAAAUUAAGUAAUAUUGAACAAAAUGAAAAUUUAACACAAAAUAGUAUCAGUGGUGUAAAACGUAAACGGCUUGGUGUAUCGACCACACCGAAUGAACGCCGUGCGAUAAUUAAAAAACAUUAA